UGUCAUUUUGUCAUUUGUCAUUCGGUCAUUAGAAAAAAUCAAUUCUUUACAUCCUUAUAAAUAUGUUUUAAAGUUAAAAUAAAAUAUCUAUUCGCAAUGUUACCGGGUAUUGGUGUCUUUGGAACUGGGCCGGUAGUGAAAGUAUUAGUGCCUAUUUUACGUGAGAACGGAUUUAAGAUAGAGGCCGUUUGGAGCAGAACUCUACAAGAUGCACAGGAAACGGCGAAAGAACUUGGAAUUCCUUUUUCUACGAACAAAAUAGACGAUGUUCUGCUGCGUAAAGAUGUAGACUUAAUAUUUGUACUAUGUCCUCCAAAUCUGCAUGCCCAGAUUUCCGUUAAAGCUCUAGGAAUUGGUAAACACAUUGUUUGUGACAAACCUGCAGGUUUAAGUCAGGCCGAUGCCCUAAAAAUGGUUAGGGCAGGUCAAUAUUAUCCAUCACUAAUAUCACUUAUUAAUCAUCCAUUCAGAUUUUUACCGGCAUUCACACAUAUGAAAAAGGCGUUGAAAGACAAUUAUUUAUUGUCCCCAAUUACAUUAAUUGACAUUCGUAUUCAAAGUGGAUGUUUGUUUAGUGAUUCUGAUGUUUUUGAUUGGAAAUGUGAUGAUACAAUGGGAGGUGGAACCCUAAAUUUAAUAGGAAGCCAUGUUGUGGAUUUGAUAACAUACUUAUUAGGAAUGAAAGCUGUUAAGGUCCACGGCUUAGUACGAACGUUUACAAAAAAUACUGAAAAUAUUAAUGGAAUACGCAACAUAUCUGCCCCAGAUUUUUGUACAUUUCAAAUGGAACUGGAAAAUGGCAUUUUAGUAACUGCCACUUUAAAUAGCCACACUGUAGGAACUACAUUUCAACAAGAGUGUAUGGUAUGUAGCAGUACAGGCCAUUUGGUUGUGCGAGGGGGAGACUUGUUUGGAAGAAAAAAUAAAGGUAACGAAGAAGUCAUUUACUUAGAUGUGGAAGAUUUACAGUGUCCCAUACCCAAUUCUAUUUUACCUAAAACACUAGUCAAGGGAUUGUGCAAAAUGGUAUCUGCUUUGCGAGAAGCUUUUCUUCCAGUAAACGAAAAAGCUGGUUGGAUUAAGGAGCCAGUUUGUUCGGCGGCUAAUUUCGAGGAUGGUUUAUAUGUGCAAGCUGUUCUCAGUGCCAUAAGGCAGUCGUCCCAAACACGCCAGUGGGUUAAGGUGAAAGUGAUGACAGAACAACCUGAUAAGAACGAAUUACUCAGUGCUGUAGUGAGGCGAACUGCUAUUUCUAUUUCAUAAGAUUUCAAAUGUAGCUUACAAUGAGGAUAACAACAAUUUGAUUUAAAAUGAUAAUUGACAUAUAGGGUGUUCCUUAUUUAUGUGUAUAGAUUAUUAACAUACUUAUGAACAAACGAAUUUCAAAUAUUUUCUAUUUAAUAUACUCUAUAAGUCGCAUAUUGGGAAACUAUAAACCAAAAAUUGUAAACCGUAAGCUUGCUACAAUUUUUUUCGGGUGUCAAUUUUUGAAAAAUUUGAAUUUUAUCAAAAUCUUAUAACACAAAGAUAUAUGUUCCUCAAAAUACUCUCAUGCCAGUUUCUACAAAAAUCUAUUAAUUUUUUAAUUUUAUGUAGAAAUUUAAAAAAAUGCAAUAGGAAUAUCGUUACCAGAUAAAGAGAUUUAAUUGAAUAAAUGUCGAGUCAAAAUACCCCUAAAGUUGUAGUUAAAGUCAAGAUUAUAUGGACCUUCUUGUCCUUUAUGUCUAAUGGUUAUUGUUUUCAAAUAGAACAUUUUAUUUAAUAACAAUUAUUUGAACUACCUACUUUGUAAUGUUUUUUAUUAAUUAUUUCAAAGGUCCACAUUUAAAUCAGGACAUGCUUAUUAAAAAAUUUUCUUUUUUACAAAUAUGAAUAGUUAUUAUUUAUUUAA